ACGCGUCUCAACAUGAUUGUUCCUUGUAUCCUAGUGGGGUUCCUCCUAUCGGCAACUACUGCUCUUCCGUUGAUUCAACCAUGGCAGUUGGUUCCCAGCUCCGACGGUCGUCUAUACCUGGUGAAUAUUAAUCCAUACAACCUUCCGGAUACAGAUCCUACUGAACCGGAACAUCAGUUUAGCCCCGCUACCGAUAUGGAGUUUCGGUUGUUCACCAGAAGCAACCCAACAUCGCCACAGCUCUUGGUCAUUGGAAAUCCUGCCUCAAUCACAGGAUCUAACUUCAACGCUGCACAUCCAACUCGAUUCACUAUUCACGGCUGGAAUGGUAACGGAAAUGAUGCAUCCAAUACCGUGAUUCGUGACAGCCUACUCUCGGUUGGUGACUUCAACGUGAUUGCAGUGGACUGGAGUGUAGCUGCCGUAACAGCGAACUACAUCUCAGCUCGCAACGCUGUGGGACCCGCUGGAACCGGAGUCGGACUAAUUAUUAGCGACUUGAUCGCGACCGCAGGAGCCAGCGUCAACAACAUACACAUUUCUGGGUUCAGUUUGGGUGGCCAUGUAGCCGGCAACGCGGGAAAACGACACGGCGGAAAUAUUCAUUCGAUUAUUUCGCUCGACCCAGCAGGUCCACUGUUUUCGCUUGGACAGAAUGAUGCCGUCUCCGCGCAGGAUGGACAGUAUGUGGAAACUAUCAUGACCAACGCUGGAACUUUGGGAAUAGAUAUACCGAUGGGUCAAGCCAAUUUCUACCCUAACGGAGGACGUUCGCAACCCGGCUGCGGUAUUGAUAUUGGUGGAGGUUGUGCCCAUGCGCGGGCACCAACUUUCUACGCGGAAUCGCUGAGUUCAUCGGUGCCAUUCCGAGCUACGAGAUGUGCUAAUUAUGACGAAAUUUUAGCAGGUGUUUGCACCCCCAGCGGAGCGGACGCCAACAUGGGAGGAGAACCGUCGAACCACGGGCGGGGAGUUACCGGUGUUUUCUUCCUCACUACCAACGCCGCCGCGCCAUUCGCACAGGGUUGA